AGUCGUCAGAGGGAGGCAAGGCUGUGACUCAUGCUUGCCUGAAGAGACCAAUGGGCAGCCGACAGCCUGAGAUAUAAAUAACGAAUAAAUAAAAAAAUAUUCUUCAGGGAGAAAGGGUCACUUGCGCGCCUCUGGAUGGGAUUGUAUUAGUGCGCUCUCUGUUGGUAUUCCGCCAUCACUGGACUGUUGCUUGUCGUGCCUUUGGGUGGCGAUUGUAACAUUUAGUUAUAGUUUCUCUGGACUCGACAACCUGUGAGCCGUUGAAUUAUUUCCCAGCUGGAGAUCAGAUAUCAGAGGACUGAUGGCCACGUCUGAACCGAGAGCCACCGGCGGGGAGCAGGAUCCCAACUCCGCCAAUUUAAGACCUCCGUCCACAACCAACGAAUAUGCGUGGAUGCACGGAUGCACACGGAAACUGGGGAUGAAGAUUUGUGGGUUCCUGCAGAAGAACAACAGCCUGGAUGAGAAGGGGAGGCUCGCGGGCCAGAAGAACUUGCUCUCGUGCGACAACAGUGACAGGGACGCGCGCUUCCGCCUCACCGAGACCGACUUCUCCAACCUGUUCGCCAGAGACUUGCUGCCAGCCAAAAAUGGAGAGGAGCCUACCAUACAGUUUUUGUUGGAGUUGGUGGACAUCCUCACCAACUACGUCAAGAAGACAUUCGACCGCUCCACCAAGGUACUGGACUUCCACCACCCUCACCAGCUCCUGGAGGGCAUGGAGGGCUUCAACCUGGAGCUGUCCGACCAGCCUGAAUCCCUGGAGCAGAUCCUGGUGGACUGCAGGGACACGCUCAAAUAUGGCGUCCGGACAGGUCACCCACGAUUCUUCAACCAGCUGUCUUGUGGUCUGGAUAUCAUCGGUCUGGCCGGAGAGUGGCUCACCUCCACUGCUAACACCAACAUGUUCACCUAUGAGAUCGCUCCAGUGUUUGUGUUGAUGGAGCAGCUGACUCUGAAGAAAAUGAGAGAGAUGAUUGGUUGGCCCAAUGGAGAGGGAGAUGGCAUCUUUUCACCAGGGGGCGCCAUCUCCAACAUGUACAGUGUGAUGAUCGCACGAUACAAGUAUUUCCCCGAGGUCAAGACCAAGGGCAUGUCUGCUGCUCCUCGCCUUGUCCUCUUCACAUCUGAACAUAGCCACUACUCCAUAAAGAAGGCCGGAGCUGCUCUUGGUUUUGGCAGCGAGAAUGUGAUCCUGCUGAGCACAGACGAGAGGGGGAGAGUCAUUCCUGCAGAUCUGGAGGCCAAGAUCCUUGAUGCUAAACAGAAGGGUUAUGUGCCAUUGUUUGUGAAUGCCACAGCUGGUUCCACCGUGUAUGGCGCAUUUGACCCCAUCCAUGAGAUCGCUGACAUCUGUGAGAAGUACAACUUGUGGCUCCAUGUUGAUGGUGCGUGGGGGGGUGGACUGCUGAUGUCCAGGAAGCAUCGCCAUAAGCUUAAUGGAGUUGAGAGGGCUAACUCCGUCACAUGGAACCCUCACAAGAUGAUGGGCGUGCCUCUACAGUGCUCUGCCAUCCUGGUCAGAGAGAAGGGAAUCCUGGCAGGCUGUAACUCCAUGUGCGCUGGCUACCUGUUCCAACCAGACAAACAGUACGACGUCACCUACGACACAGGGGACAAAGCAAUCCAGUGUGGCCGACACGUCGACAUCUUUAAGUUCUGGCUCAUGUGGAAGGCCAAGGGCACCAUAGGGUUUGAGCAGCACAUUGACAGGUGUUUGGACCUGUCCCAGUACCUGUACAACAAGAUCAAGAACAGGGAGGGCUAUCAGAUGGUGUUCGAUGGAGAGCCCCAGCACACCAAUGUUUGCUUCUGGUAUAUCCCACCCAGCCUGAGAGGCAUGCCUGAUGGUGAGGAGCGGCGAGAAAAACUCCACAGGGUGGCGCCAAAGAUCAAGGCCAUGAUGAUGGAGUCAGGGACCACCAUGGUGGGCUACCAGCCUCAGGGCAAAAAUGUCAAUUUUUUCCGUAUGGUCGUCUCCAACCUCGCGGCCACCCAGUCCGACAUCGACUUCCUCAUCGAUGAGAUUGAGAGGCUGGGACAGGACCUGUAGAGCUCCUGAUUCCUGCAGUCUGAAGCCAAUGAGGUGAAACAUUCACAGUGCUGCAGACAGAAUAAUGAUAGGACAUGUUUUAGGUUCUUUCUAUCCAGUCUAUCUUUGUCUGAAGCAUCCUGACUGUUUCUCUGAGAGAGACUUUGAGCGUCUUAUUUGCUCGUCCAACAUAGUUCCUCCUCUAGACAAAAAUAUUUAAGUUCUAAGUAUCUGAAGGCUCCAGGUACAACAAACAUGCUCCAACGUAUGUGGGUGCUGUGGAAUCUUGUAAUGUGUAAUCUAGUUUCUCGUCCAAUGUUGUCUUUUAACGUCUGUGUGUAUGUGUGUGUGCGUGAGUGUGUGCGCUAACACUGAAAGGGAGAAAAAGCACAGAUGAAAAUAUAACAAACUAUCAUAAAAUUAUUCUGCUGUAUCACACAUUUGCUACGCAAAAUUGAAUCAUUGGUGCUUUCAGCUGUAUAUAUAUUUAAUCUCAGUACACCAACCUAAAGCAGCAUCGCAGCCCCUGAAGCAGUGUGUGUGUGUGUGUGUGCGUGUGUGUGUGUGUGUGUGUGUGUGUGUGUGUGUGUGUGUGUGUGUGUGUGUGUGUGUGCAGGUGUGCAUGUGACACAGUGUAUCCUGUCAUGUAUUUUAAGCUAGCACUGUGUUAAAGUAAGCUUAUUAUGACCUAAUGUGCACACCAUAGGUACCAAGUGUGUUCAGCUGAGAGGUUUAAAACAAACUGAUCUACAGUCUGCAAUAUUUCCCCUGGUAGAAGAUAAAGAUUUAAGAAGUCGACAGCUAUCCCAAGUCUGUGACCACUUUGAACUUGUAAAAACGCUGGCUCGUUGUUUGUUUCAUGCAAUCAUGUGAUACCCAUGUGUGUUUAUAACAUUGUUAAAAUAUUAAUAUUUGAUUAUAUAAGAACUCAUAUUUAUUGCAUUUCCACUGUUUGCAGAUUCAGGUAUUUUAUUGUAAAUGUAUCUUUAUGUGUAUUACAUGGUAAUACAUUUGUAAAUGUAAACACAAAGUUUAUUUAUAGUGAUAUUGUCAGCCAAAGAAAGUGAAUCGGGAACAGAGCAAUCCAUUGUCCUUCAUUAUAGAACUUAUUAUAUAGAUUAUAGGUGUUUGUAAAAUGUUACCUAUAGUAUUAUUAACCCCUGGACUGCGAUGCAAUUUCUAUAGUGUGUUUCUUUCUGUGAUUGUGAGUCUUUUUGACCGAAUGUUUUGAGAUGACUGAUUGGCCUUCCGAUGAGAUUAAGAAUGAAGUCUAUAUAAUCCUCUGGCGGCCGUGCCAGUCUUUUAUUUCAGAGAAUAGCACAAGGAUGUGAGAAUGUACUCUCCUCUUGAGACUGGAAAGAAAGUAUUGUUGUAUCCGUCUGAAUCCUAAUGCAUUUACUGUAAUAUAGUAUAUAUUAAUUGUAAUACAUAUUACCUGUAUUCUCAGUGUUAUGGGAACUCAAUGGAAUAUAUUGUAUAAAGAGUUCCUGUUUGUGUCUUUGCACAAUGUUCACCUUUCUUUAUUCCAUUGUAAAUGGAUGUGUAUUAUGGCAGUGUUAUAUAAGGCUUAUGUUAACAAAGUAUUUACGGUAUCUAGGGACCAUAUGUGGAUGGCACAAUGGCAUAAAUCAUAUUUACUGUAAUCUGUGUGCUGUAUGUGGCCAAUGACUCCUGUAUGUGACCAAUCUGGUUUUUUAAAUUAAGCCAGCUGUAAGGGAACGUUUCUCAGGAGGCACUUUAACAGAAUCAUACCAUCUCAAAAAAGAUCUUUAAUAAAGUCUAUUAAAGGAAAAA